AACCACGACCGCACGAGACCAUGAAUUUGUCCAGCUUACCCAAGAACUGGGACUGGAGAAAUGUUAACGGGACAAACUAUGCCAGUUCCACGCGGAACCAACACAUACCUCAAUUUUGUGGAUCAUGCUGGGCACACGCAGCGACCAGUUCCAUGGCAGACCGCAUGAACAUAGCCAGGAAAGGGUCGUGGCCAUCGUAUUACCUGUCAGUGCAACACGUGAUGGACUGCGCUGAGGCGGGGUCUUGUGAGGGUGGCGGGGAUUUGGCGGUGUGGAAAUAUGCACAUGAACAUGGGAUACCUGAUGAGACUUGUAACAAUUACCAAGCUAAAGAUCAAAGUUGUGGUGAGUUUACACAGUGUGGUACGUGUACGGCCACGGGUCAGUGCUCACAGCUGACGAACUACACCCUGUGGCGUGUUGGAGACUAUGGACGUGUGAGCGGACGUACUAACAUGAUGGCCGAGGUGUUCCAGAAUGGACCAAUCAGCUGCAGCAUAAUGGCGACAUCAGGUUUAGACAAGUAUACAGGAGGGAUUAUAGCAGAACACCAUUUCAUAGCCAUGGGCAAUCACAUCGUGUCUGUGGCAGGCUGGGGUGUUGACAAUGCGUCAGGAAUAGAGUACUGGAUCGUCCGCAACUCCUGGGGGCAGCCCUGGGGUGACAAUGGUUGGUUCAAAAUUGUCACAAGCGCAUACGAAGGAGGAAAGGGGGACGAAUAUAACCUGGGAAUUGAACAGAGGUGUGGCUUUGGUGACGUCAUCCUGUGACAGAGACGAGAGCCGCUGUCAGUGUAAUACAAGCACAAGGACAGUGGCAUGCAGCUGAUCUUUUCGAUUAUAGUAACUUGAAUUACAAAUUAUUCAUUUACCACGAGAAUCGUUCUGUAACUGGGAUUUCUAGAGACCAAUAAUAAGUAAAUUAAGGGACGUUUAAUUGUUUAUUACUGUAAAGUGUACUAAAACUUUGAUUUAUUGUUCUGUUUGUUUAUAAUUCUCAGCAACAUGCUAUAACAU